AUGUAUCUGAAGGGAAAAGGAAAGAGGGAGGAGGCGGGUGAGAGGAGCACAGCUACCAUUCGGUACAACCGCUCGUACUACAGCCCAGAAUGGUUUGGUGGGUUCCAGACGAGCCUAGACCUGGCUAGGCGCCAGGAUCGUCGGGUACUUGCUACAUAUUCACGCACCAACUGUGGUGCAGACAGGACGCGAAGGCCCGCUGGUUUCCCUGUCAGUAUGCGAGAUAAGAAUCUGGUGCCGGAGCGAAUGAGCCCUGUUGAGUCCGUUACGAGUCUUGGACACGGCCGCGGGAGGAAACGAGGUGGAGGAGAAAGAAAUAGCAAUUUGGGGGUCGGGAAAGGGGCGUUAAACCGGGCCGGAGCCGCCUUCUAUGACGGCCUUGGGUGCCAGACUGUCGCGGAGGGCGGGACCAAGCUAGCCAAGGACACUUCCCGGCAAUUUGAAGCAGAGUGGCCUGGUGUUGGAGAACAUUAA